GUGAUAGGAAUAGUUUUAAUUAUUUGUUUUCUUUUCGGAUACAUAUCUCAGAUUUGACAGCACAAAGAAGUCGGCCAUUUUAUUGCUUGAGAAGCUGUGGCUAUUCUCCCGUCGGGAGACUUGUAUUUUUUAUCUAAUUAUUUUUAUUAGGCAAUCGUUUUAACAGCGUACAAAUCGGUAUACGUAUUUAGUGUUUAAGGAUAAAGUUUAUUUACGUGAAGAGAUGGACGAUCCGAAUAGAAUGAUGGCGCAUAGCGGCGGGCUGAUGGGUCCGCAAGGGUACGGGUUGGCCGGGGGCGAGGGCGCGCCAGCAGCAGGGGAUGGCGAGGCCCGCAAGCAGGACAUCGGGGAGAUCCUGCAGCAGAUCAUGAACAUCACGGACCAGAGCUUGGACGAGGCGCAGGCCCGCAAGCACACGCUUAACUGCCACAGGAUGAAGCCAGCGCUCUUCUCGGUGCUGUGCGAGAUCAAGGAGAAGACAGUACUGUCACUGCGCAACACUCAAGAGGAGGAGCCCCCAGACCCACAGCUGAUGCGCUUGGACAACAUGCUGAUUGCUGAGGGUGUUGCCGGGCCAGAGAAAGGUGGCGGUGCUGGCGCCGCUGCCUCCGCCUCCGCUGCGGCUGGAGAAUGGGACAACGCGAUCGAACACUCCGACUAUCGCGCGAAGCUCGCGCAGAUCCGCCAGAUCUACCAUCAGGAACUCGACAAGUACGAGAACGCGUGCAACGAGUUCACCACCCACGUGAUGAACCUGCUGCGGGAGCAGAGCCGCACGCGGCCCAUCACGCCCAAGGAGAUCGAGCGCAUGGUGCAGAUCAUCCACAAGAAGUUCAGCUCCAUCCAGAUGCAGCUGAAACAGUCUACCUGCGAGGCCGUCAUGAUUCUGCGCUCCCGCUUCUUGGACGCCCGUCGCAAGCGCCGCAACUUCAGCAAGCAGGCGUCCGAAAUACUCAACGAGUACUUCUACUCGCAUCUCUCCAACCCCUACCCGAGCGAGGAGGCCAAGGAGGAGCUCGCGCGCAAGUGUGGCAUCACCGUCUCUCAGGUGUCCAAUUGGUUCGGGAACAAGCGCAUCCGCUACAAGAAGAACAUCGGCAAGGCGCAGGAGGAGGCCAACCUGUACGCUGCCAAGAAGGCCGCCGACCUGUCCUGGAUCGGUGCAGCGCGCGAGCGCUCGCCCCCCGGCAGGGCUACUUCAAAUUACACCGCAGGCGCGUCCCCGUACUCUAUGGGCGCUGCGUCCGGCACGGCGACUCCCAUGAUGUCCCCGGCGCCCACGCAGGACUCCAUGGGGUACUCGCUGCCCGCGCCCGGCUACGACCAGCCGCAGCCCUCAUACGACGGAUCCAUGGGCUAUGACCCCAUGCAUCAGGACCUCUCGCCGUAGUCGGCCAGGCUACGGAUAUUAUUCAAUUGCGCAGCUUCCACAGAAUUGCCAUUUACGUAACUCUACUCUAGGUCCCUAACGGCUCCCAAGCCUUAGCAUAAUACAUUGUAUACUGUAACUUAUACUAAUACUUACAAACUCACAUGUAGCGUGCUAUUUUUGGAAAGACAUGUAAUUUCAUCUUGUCUCACGUUCGAUACGACUGUGUCCAGUAUUUA